GGAGGAAGGAGCCUUCUGGCGACUGACCCGCUUCCUCAUCGCUUUUGCUAAUACGAUUGAUUAACUGUUUUGCUCAACCAUUUUAUCCACCCUAUUGGUCAUCCCUUUUACCAUCCCUUUUGCUCAUCCCUGGCAGAUCCUGUCUGGGGAAGGCUGUCUUUGCAGACAUGGCGACUCCCUUGGACACUCUCAGCCUCUCCCAGCUGCUGGAUCUCGCCAUCGGGAUGCCCCAGAAUGGAGCCGUCCACUUUGCGGCCAUGAGGAAACUGCUGCAGGCCGUGCUGGGGCACCUGGACGUGCAGUACCUGACGGCCCAGGAGCCGUGGACGGGCGAGCUGAGUGGCCCCUCACUGGCUGAGUUGGCCGCUGAUGUAAAACAAAUGAAACAGGACAUGGAAUCCUAUAAGAAACUCAUGUCUGAGCCCCACAGAGCAGAGGACAUGAAGGUCCAGGAGGUCCAGGACGUCCAGGAGGUCCAGAAGGUCCAGGAGGUCCAGGAGGUCCAGGAGGUCCAGGAGGUCCAGAAGAUCCAGCAGGAGCUUGACCAGGCCAUGGCUGACUGCCAGGAUCUUCGGGAGGAGAUUGGUAUGAUUAAGACAACACAGUCCCACAUGGCAGAGAAGAUGAGAGAGAUGCUUUUAUCAAUGAAGAAGAUGGAGGAUGACAUGAGAAAGCUGAGGGCAGAUAUGGCGAAGUGGAAAGAAGAGACCAAUGAGCAGAUCACUCAGCAACUGGAGUCCGUGCUGCAGGAGACAAAGACUGAACUCAAGAAGAUGGAGGAGCAGCAGGAGAUGAGGAAUGCCAUGCUGGAGCAGAUGGUGAAUGAGACGACCAACCAGAUGCAGGAGAAGCUGGGCGAGCUGGAGGAGGCAAUGGGCACGGUGCAGGAGGAGCAGGAGGAGCAGGAGGAGGAGACGGAGAAGGCAGCGUGUUCCAACUGCACCUUCGACUACAAAGUGCUUUUGGGGGAGCUCGUCCAGCGCUGUGAGAAACUCGAGGAGGAGGUGGACUCCCUGGAGUCACGGCAGAUAGCUGUGAGCAAGGUGGAGAAUGUCAUGAAGCCAAGGAACCAGGAUCAGCAGCUCCUGCAGCACAUGGAGGACAUGGAGGACAGGGUCAGGAAGAUUCAAGGGGACUGUGAGGAGCUCAGCUUGGUCUCAGGGAACCUCCAGAAGGACUGUGAGGAAAAGCAGAAAGCUAUUGAGAUGCUGUUCCAGUCCUUGGAGAAAUUGCAGAGGGAGAAAGCAGAUGAGCAGAAAAUGUUGCAGAACAUGUUGACAGCAAUGGAUGUGAAAUCUGCCUUGGGUAGCAAAGUCAGUUGCACCCAGUUUGAGGCGAGCAUGGAGCGGCUGGAUCAGAGGCUGCGGAAGAUGCAAAGUCAGGUGUUGGGACAGAAUGAGCACUGGAACGAGCUGCAGGAGAAGCUCAGCCACAGGAUAGAAAACAAGCUGGAUCGCGGGGAGCUGAAGGCUUUCCAUGAGCAGAUGGAGGAGACCUGGCAGAAGAGCAUCAAAGAGCUCGAGAAGAAGAUGGCAGAGAGUGACAGCGCCGCUGGGCUGAGGAAGCAGCUGCCAGUCCCUUUCACGUGCCUGUCCUGUGACCGCCCGGUCAAAACACUGGUUCCUGGCCCGUAUCCUGAGACACUCCCAUAUUUUCAACCACUGCCCCCCAUCAAGGAUGCACAACACAGCCAAAGGAGAACAACAAUCAAUGGCAGAAUCUCCCGAGUGCCACCAAUCACCAUGGACUAUCAGAGCAUCAGAAGCCCUGGGCAGCGCAUCCAGGCUUCCCCCCUGAGCAGUGGGCGGCUGCAGGGCCUCGUGGCACUUCCCAAGAAGACUAGUGUGACCAAGCUGCUGGGCAGGAGCAGCAAAAUCCUCCAAGGCUGGGAGGACCAGCCUCUUACAAUGGACAGGGCAGAUGGCCCUUCCACCUCACGGGACCACCGACCAGCCACGACCCGCAGCCUCAUCUCCGGGGCACCAGAGCUUGUCCUGCCACCUCUGCUCCGCUAGACAUCACCUGCCCCCAAGAAGUCGGACAGGACUUGGUGCCCAGUGCUCAAUAAGGAACAUCUUGUCAGCACACACAGAAGUGUGUUAAAAUUACCCUACAAAAGAUGAAUUUUUGGGUUUUAUUAGGUUAAUAAAAAACCUUCAAACU